AUGAAGCGACAGGACAUCGCUGCCGUGGUUGAUUUGCUGAAAGAUUAUCUCAAGACAUUUACGGUGGCCCCGGUGGUGGACGUGCAUUUCGUUGAACACUUUCUUCUGCCGAAGCAAGGCCUGGUUGACAGCUACGUCGUGCAGGACCCGGAGACGCAGAAGAUCACUGACUUCUGCAGCUUCGUGAUCCAGAAGAAGGAGAUUACGAAGAAAAGAAAGCGGUGGGAGAAAAGACUGAUAUAUUCAGAGCGCAGGGAAUUAUGGGGAAUGAUCUUUUUUCUUGAUAAGCUAAAGUUCGAGACUGUGCCUUAUAAGAAAGUACUCCAUUACUAUCUUUACAACUACGGCCUCAUGAACGUGUUGAGGCCCAAAGAGCUCGGCCUCGUUCUCCUAUGA